AUGAAAUUAACAACAAGAACGAAAUCAGCUAGUGAAAUUCUUACUGAUGCUUCAUUAGUUGUUUAUUUUUCAUUUGAUGGUUCAACAUUAACACAAGAUAUGGGACCAAAUCAAUUGAAUGGUACAAUAUCAAAUGCAGCUGCAGUUAGUGGAAAAGUUGGCCAAGGUUUAGCUUUUAGUGGAUCAACAUCAUCUUAUUUUCAAGCAUCUGGAUUUUAUCAAUUGGGUCAGUCUAAUAAACCAUUUUCAUUUUCUAUGUGGAUAUAUCCAUACUCAAUUGCUGGUGGUGUAUUAAUGCAGAAAACAAUAUUGCAAAGUACAAGUGGUGGUUGGUGUUAUUCUCUGAUGGGUCUUUCUUCUUUAGGUCAAAUUGUAAUGAUUGUUUACAAUGCUUAUGUAUCGUUGAUUGUUGGUCCCAUACUCACAGUUCGUACAUGGACGCAUCUUGGUUAUACAUAUAGUACAACCAAUGGUCUUCAAAUGUAUAUCAAUGGUCAAUUUAUUGGUACUACCGGAACCGUAUCAUGGUCUUCAUCGGGAAGGAUUGAUUGGCUCAGUAUUGGGUGUUAUGUACCCAGUUAUUGUGGACCAAGUGUAAUAAGUGGUGUUCCUUAUUUAGGUGCCAUUGAUGAAUUUCAUGUCUAUCGACGAGAACUGAAUGCUAGUGAAAUAUUAGCUUUAGCCAAUCCAUAA